AUGGACGUGAAAACUAUGUUCCUCAAUGACAACCUCGAGGAAGAGGUGUAUAUGAUACAACCUAAGGGAUUUAUGUCUAAAGAAAGUUUAGAUAAGAAUGCAGUGGUCGCCGGCAAGAAGCCUUAUAUUGUGUACCUUGGUGCACACUCUCAUGGCCCCCAAGCUACUGUAGAAGAUUACGCUCGAGCCACAGACUCUCACUACGAGCUGCUGGGAUCUCUGCUGGGAAGGUACCUAAGAGAGAAGGCUGGGGAAACCAUCUUCUACUCCUACAACAAGCAUAUCAAUGGGUUUGCCGCAACACUGGAAGAAGAAGAAGCGACUCUGAUCAGAGAGCAUCCUGGUGUUUUAUCCGUGUUUGAGAGCAUCAACUACGAGCUGCAGACUACACGGUCAUGGGCCUUCCUUCACGUGGAAGGAGACGACGGUAGUGUGUCGAAUUCGUCCAUUUGGACCGCAGCGAAGUAUGGCAGCGACUCCAUCAUCGCUAAUAUCGACUCCGGUGUGUGGCCUGAGUCGGCGAGCUUCAAAGACGAUGGCUUCGGCGACGUCCCAACGAGGUGGAAAGGAGAGUGCCAAAAAGAUCCGACAGAUGGAGUUACUUGCAACAAGAAACUCAUCGGAGCGAAGUCAUUCUAUCACGGCUUCGAGGCCGCAAACAACGUGACGCUCAAUGUGACGUCCCCGCGCGACCACAACGGGCACGGCACCCACACCCUCUCCACCGCCGCCGGCAACUUCGUCCCCGACGUUGAGGUCCUCGGCAACGCCAAGGGAACGGCCAAGGGCGGCUCCUCGCACGCCCGCGUCGCGGCAUACAAAGUGUGCUGGAACCUGUGCGACGAGCCCAACGCGCCUCCCACCGCCAGCUGCAGUGGUCAGUGCAACGGCGCCGACUUGCUCGCGGCCUUCGACGCCGCCAUCCAAGACGGCGUCGACGUCAUCUCCGUCUCUCUCGGAGGCGGCGCGGGAAGCGUGGAUUACUUCAGCGACAGCUCCGCGAUCGGUGCGUUUCACGCUGUUGCCAAAGGCAUCACCGUGGCGUGCUCAGCCGGCAACAGCGGUCCUUUCCUUUUAGGGGCCGUGAACAACGCCGCCCCCUGGGUGAUCACCGUGGCCGCCAGCACCAUCGACAGGGACUUCAAACAGACCAUUACUUCCACCAACAACAAGCAGAUACAGGGGAGGAGCUUCACGCUGAAAUCUCUUGAUACAGGGAAGAAAUACACAUUGAUCAGAGCUGUCGACGUCAUAGCUGCUAAUGCUUCCGAGGAUGACGCCACGUUGUGCGAGCCGCAUUCCAUCGAUGCUGCAAAGGUGGAGGGCAAGAUCGUCUUGUGCCAGCGUGGUCCUCCGCCGCCUCUACUAGACGACUUCCCUCAGGUGCCUGGCGCCGCCGGAACGAUUGUCAUCGACAACAAUAAACGCGGCGACAACUUCCUGAUGACCGCCUUCAUGGACCAGGCGCAUCUGCUGAUCUCCGAAAAAGAUGGUCAAGCUCUUCAAUCGAACAUCCGUGACUCCAAAUCAAAUGACCUUUCGAUCUCCGGGCCGACGACGGAGCUAAAGACGGGCCGGCAGGCGCCUGCGGUGGCCUACUUCUCUUCUCCUGGACCCAAUUACCAUAACCCACUGAUCACAAAGCCCGACGUCGCUGCACCGGGAGUGAACAUUCUUGCUGCCUACAGUCAAGCUCCAAAGAAAGAUAAGGAUUUUCUCAAUCCUUCCGUUCCUUAUCAUCUGUUAUCUGGCACUUCGAUGGCGUGCCCUCAUGUUGCCGGCGUCGUCGGUCUCCUCAAAACUCUCCAUCCAGAUUGGAGCCCUGCUGCCAUUAAAUCCGCAAUUUUAACUACCGCAACAAUUCUGGACGACGCAGGGAAUCCGAUUAAGAACUUUAUGGGAUCACAAACCGAUCCAUGGAGAUUCGGAGCUGGGAACAUUCAGCCGAACAGUGCGAUGGAUCCGGGUUUGGUGUACGACCUGAAGCCCACCGACUUCUUGGACCUGCUGUGCUCGAUGGGAUAUAACUCAACUCAGCUCGCCCACUUCACCGACCCGCCCUAUGCGUGCCCGAAGCAGAAGAUCGAGGAGCACAACCUGAACUACCCCAUGAUAGCCAUCCGCUACCCCACGACGACGGCGACCGCGACGCGCACCGUGAAGAACGUCGGCCCGCCUGGCACGUACAAGGUGCAGGUCACGCAGCCCGUCGGGAUCACACUGUCGGUGACUCCGUCGAUCCUCGAGUUCAAGAGCGUCGGGGAGGAGAAGACGUACACCGUGGAGGCGAAGCCGAACAAACCCAAUCAGAAACCCAUCAACGUUCUUGGGUACAUCACGUGGUCGGAUGGCACCCGCAACGUGAGAAGCAACAUCAUAGUUCUGGAUCGUUGGUAGCCACGCAUGCACAUACGUUGUCUGCUGCUUUGUAGUUCUUGGUAUAAGCAUCUUCUCUCUCCCAGUAUGUAA